UUCCCUCACAGCAGCAGCAGCAGCCUGCUCCUCUUCAUCCUCCUCUUCGUCCCACAAUGCGGACCCCACCUCAGGAUCUAUAACAUCUCCUCCUCCACGCUGCGUCUCUCCUCCUCCUCCUCCUUCUUCUCCUUCUCCUUCUUCCUCCCGGAUCGAUCCAGUGAUGUCGUCGCGUCCGCAGAUCUGACAAAUCAGAACGGAGAGAGAAACAGGGACGUGGAUAAAAACCUCUGACGCCAGCUCCAGCUCCACCUCCCCUCGCUCCAGGGCCCUCAGACGAUUCCUCGCCAGGUUCUCCAAAGGGUUCUCUGUGGUGAUCUGGAACGCUCCAUACGCCUCAGGGCCUCAGACCUUCAUGCGUCUCCCAGCGGCAGACUCCACCCACACCUCCACCCACCACACCACCACCACCACCACCACGACCAUGAGCUGUGACCGGGAGUUUGGAGACGGGGCCAUGGGCGUCACGCUCACGCUGCGGCUGCUCAUGCACGGGAAGGAAGUAGGAAGCAUUAUCGGCAAGAAAGGAGAAACAGUGAAGAGAAUACGAGAAGAGAGCAGCGCCAGGAUCAACAUCUCAGAGGGUUCCUGUCCGGAGAGGAUCAUCACCAUCACAGGGCCGACGGACUGUGUGUUCAGAGCCUUCACCAUGAUCACAUUCAAACUGGAGGAGGACCUGUCGGCCUUGGUCGCUAACGGCACAGUGACCAGCAAACCUCCCGUCACCUUGCGGCUCGUGAUCCCGGCCAGUCAGUGUGGCUCGCUCAUCGGGAAGGGAGGCUCUAAGAUCAAGGAGAUCCGAGAGACGACAGGAGCUCAGGUGCAGGUAGCAGGUGACCUCCUCCCUAACUCCACAGAGCGAGAGGUGACGAUAUCAGGGAGUCAGGACGCCAUCAUCCAGUGUGUGAAGCUCAUCUGCACCGUCAUCUUAGAGUCACCACCGAAGGGAGCGACCAUUCCAUACCGACCCAGCCCGACCCCAGGAACUGUGCUGCUGGCAGGAAACCAGGUGUUCGAGGCGUCGGACUUCAGCUCUCACCCCCUGUUCUCUGUGGCUCAGGGAGGAGUGGACCUGCAGCAGACGUACGCGGUGCAGAGCCACUACGGCAUUCCACAUUCUGAGUUGGCAAAACUCCACCAGCUGUCCAUGCAGCAGCAGGGCCUCGCCCCCAUCAGCCAAUCAGCUGCUCAAGUUCUGCCUGGGGGCAUUGAAGCCAGUUCUCAGACCACCUCUCAGGAGCUUCUCAUUCCCUCGCAGCUGAUUGGCUCCAUCAUCGGUCGUCAGGGCACCAAGAUUAACGAGAUCCGGCAGGUUUCUGGAGCUCAGAUCAAGAUCGGCAGUCAGCUGGACAGCACCAGUGAUCGUCACGUCACCAACGGCACGCCCAUCGCCAUCAACCUGGCCCAGUACCUGAUCACUUCAUGUUUAGAGACCGCCAAAUCCACCGCCCAGUCCUCCUCCAUGCCGUCUCCCGUUGACCUGACCAUGAGCUUCACCCAGCCCGCCCCUGCCUCGUCCUCCUCCUCCUCCCCCCUGGCAGCGAUGGGCGCCGCGAUGCCCCACGCUCCCCUCCUGGGGUCUCCCUACGCCUUUCCCCUCUCCAGCCUCCUGGGAGUGAAGUCCAUCCCUACCUGGCCUCUCCAGCCCCCUGCCUCAGCGGCGGCGGCGGCGGCGGCCAUCGGGGGUCCCUUGUUACCAGGCUCAAUGCAGACGGCAGCGUCGGCAGCCGUCCCGGUUCAGGCUCAUGCCGUGGCGGCCCUGGCGUCCUACACGGCGAAGAUCUCCUCCUCAGCCAACGGGAUGAAGAAGCCGGAGAGACAGAAGUUUGCUCCGUACUGAAGAGGAGAGGAAACGUCACUGAGGUAUCUGGUCUCAGACUGAGGGCAGUUUCAUUUCCCUUCUGUUUCUUCAUCACUCUCUGGUGCACUUUCUCACUCUCUCACUUUUCUGUCUUUGUCCCUUUCUUCCAUUUGUACUGUGUCUCUAUCGAAGUGGGAUCAC